AUGUUGAAAACUCUCACGAGACGAUGUUUGUUUUGUUUGUUUGUCACUUUGUGUUUUGGUGCAAUUGACGGAUUAAUAGAAAUCGUAGAAGAACAGCACUGCCAUGACUUCUCGUUCCGUUUGACGUGUCGCGAUUUAGACUCUCACAUAGCAGUGCUAGAAGCGUGGUACACUUCCCUCGAGAACUACCACCAGAACUCGAAAGAGAAUCUCACUCACGCCAAUCUCGUUAUCAAAACGCAAAAUGACUCAGAACUCGAUCGAGUGUACGUGUAUUCGAGUCCGAAGCACAACGGCGUCUUCGAGUUGACGAAUCAUACGUUCGAGAACUAUAAUGUGAACGGUUCGUUCGAGUUCGACUCGAGAAUGGUGAACGAUAGUUUUAAUGAGACAAUGGAUAGUGUGGAUUUGACAGUGGAUUUUGUGAAUGUGAGUGAGUGUAGUGCGCUGUCAUUUGCACGAAGUUACGCUAGUUGGCGCGAGGGUGACAAACGACGGAGAGCUGCGUCGAGAGAAUUGUCGAUCAAUUUACGAGCACCGCUGAGUUAUAGAUGCACGGGAGUGAAUCACUGUAACUUCAAAUUGCCUGAAGAUUAUCCACCUUCAGUGACCUGGGUGCCAGGCGUUGUAUAUAUAAAAUAUGCUUGUUUUGAUGAUACCCUGUCGGUUCACUACUGCAACCGUGAAGUGCAAGUGUCAGAAUGGGGUCCAGAUAGCGAGGGGUAUAUCCGGACACCCGGAUAUCCGCACUUCUACAUAGGUGACGAGUGUCGGUGGAAGUUACGAGGCCAUCCAGAGCAGAAAAUACGGAUAACGUUUCUCGAUGUUAGUUUGCGGAGUAUCGGUCCAUUUGAGAACAAGUGCACAGACUAUGUAGCUGUUGAAGAUGGAAAUGGCGAUUCCUUGCUUAAAAGCUGUGAUCAAGUCGACAUGCCGUUACGUUUGGUCUCUAUGUCAAAUACCGUUGAAGUAUUAGUUGAAGCUAGAUCUAAGGGCGCCUUCCCAAAGAGGGGCGUGUUGUUACAUUAUAAAAGUUUAGGCUGUGUUACGUUAUCAGCGCCAUCUAGCGGCUACCUUGUAUACAGAAAUGAAGAAGUAGCCCACUACAUGUGCGAUUUGUCAAGGCAACACGUGGUAACUAAGAAGGAGACGACACCGAGAGUGCUCGUCGCGAACGAUUCAGUAUCAGAAGAGGUCGAUAAAGAUACAAAGCUGCCGCACAACGAGGGAAACAUGAUAGUUGACAUCGUCAUCCCGUCGCUACUUAUAGCGGCGUUGUUCAUAGGCAACGCGUUCAUUGUGCUCAUCAUAUACAAAUACAGGAAACGGAAAACGGACGAUCUAGAUGACGAAUUCAACACAAUCCCGCUGAGUGUCAACGGAAAUGUCCACAGUGCUGGCAACGCGGUCUAG